AUGGCAGCCUCAAAAGAGUCCUAUGUUGACCGGACAGUCCCCAAAAUCAGCCUGGCGGACUUCGACAACAGAAUCGAUGCCAUCGCAAGCGACAUAGCUGACGCUGCCGAAAAAGUGGGCUUCUUCUCCAUUGUCGACCAUGGUAUUGCUGCAACAGAUGUUGACCAGAUGUUUGCCGACUCGGAAUCAUUCUUCGCUCUACCGUCGGAGGUCAAGACAUCAGUUCCAUGGAAUGCUCAGAACGUUGGCUACGAGUUUAAGAGCCAAGUGAGGCCAAGUACUGGUGCCGCAGACCAAAAGGAGAGUUACCAACUUCAGUUCGGCGAGAACAUGAGAGACCUCUGGAUCGACGACAAAGACAUAUAUGGUUUCAGAUCUCGAUCUUUAGCUUUCAUGUACCAAGUCCAGACUGUUAGCGAGAAGCUGAUGGUAUGCCUCGCUCGCGCACUCAAAUUUCAAGACAAUUUCUUCGUGCACUGGCACGAUAGCUCGAAGCCUAACUCACAAUCUACCCUUCGACUACUCCAUUACUUUGCCACUCCGGAGACUGAUGAUGGACAAGUGUAUCACCGAGCUGGUGCACACGCUGACUGGGUGGGCGUUGCCUUCUCGAACGAUUGUGCGCAUAUGGCUGAUCAGCCACAGGGCUUCCUAACUCUGCUAUUCCAGCGUCCAGGUCAAAGCGGUCUGGAGAUCUGUCCUGGAAGAGAAGUGGUGACCGACUUUGGCCACGGCGAUGCCUGGACAAAGGUCGACUUCACUGCGAGCACCGACAUCGUGUGCAACAUUGGCGACCUCCUGAUGUCAUGGUCUGACGACCGCUUCAAGUCAACCUUUCACAGGGUCAAAGCUCCAUGUGAGAAAGGAGAUAACUUCGGCGAACGGUACUCAAUUGCGUACGGCUGCCCUAAACGCAGACAACUUUGGUACAAUAGUACUAACCAUGCGUUCGCCAGCUUCUUCAACCAGCCUCGCAAGGAUGCAUUGAUUCAGGGCCCGAAGAAGAAGUACCCUCUCGUUACUGGUGGUGAGUUCACAGCAAAUGCGAUGAAGAUGUACUAUGCCGCUUCGAAAGCUGCAACAGAGAGCCACGACCAGAGUAAAGCAACGCCCAACUUAUCAAGUCGAGUCGUCGCUGCCACAGCUUGA